GCUUAUGAUGACGAUGAUGAGGUAUGUGGGGAGCGUGUAAGGACACAAUCCAUUGCAUCAUGGUAUCAGUUAUCACCAACCAAAAGUGAAUGCCAACAAAAAACGAGGAAAAAGUUCACUGGCAAUGAACCGUUGGAUCCGAAGACAAUGACCAUGCAGGAUUUGAUUUUCUGGAAUCCAAAAAAUGAAAAGAGGUUUCUGGAAGGUAUGCAAAAGCUAAGGACGGAAAGUGAAACAGUUUCGGAUAUUACUCAGUUGAAAGAUGGUGAAAGUUCACCGAAGAAAACAUCGAAGUCUGCUGUUAAUGCUCCACAGAUGGACAAAAUACGGCAUACAGCGUCCUCGGCAUACUUAGAACUGCUGGAUUUUCUCCUUGGCCACUAUUUGGCCACUGCUUUUUACAACACGAUGUGA